AAUUGCCAAAUGCAGUGACGAAUCUGUCGUACAAAUAAUAGAUAUAGCUCGGGUCAGUAGAAGUUGAGAUGGUUGGGACAAGUUGGCCCUGGUCUAGUACAAAUUGAUACAAGAUCAGUAAAGUAAAAUAACAGUCAGUAAUGGUCAGUAAUAAGCAGUAUAAUGGAAGUAUGAUUUCAAAAUAUUUUUAAUUUCUGCGUUAGUUCUGUAGCCUAGAAUCUGAAUUGGAACAAAAAGAUAUUAGGAUGGCGAGUACUUCUUUGGAUCAAAGUACUGUUGCUCAGAAAACAUGGGAAAUGUCAAAUAAUAUUGAAACAAUCAGUACUGUAGAUGAAAUCUAUAGAUAUGAUCGUAAAGAGCAACAGGACAUAUUGGCUGCAAAGCCAUGGGAAAAGGACCAUCAUUUCUUCAAAGAUAUAAAGAUCUCUGCAUUGGCAUUAUUAAAAAUGGUUAUGCAUGCUCGUUCUGGAGGAACUUUAGAAGUGAUGGGUCUUCUUCUUGGGAAAGUAGCAGCAAACACAAUGAUUGUCAUGGAUUCUUUUGCAUUACCUGUAGAAGGCACAGAAACGAGAGUAAAUGCUCAAGCGCAAGCUUAUGAAUAUAUGUCAGCAUAUGUAGAUGCAGCUAAACAGGUUGGGAGACAAGAAAAUGCUAUUGGAUGGUAUCAUAGUCAUCCGGGCUAUGGAUGUUGGUUAUCAGGCAUUGAUGUGUCUACUCAAAUGCUCAAUCAAAAUUUUCAAGAACCUUUCGUGGCCAUUGUCAUUGAUCCUGUAAGAACGAUUUCUGCUGGCAAAGUUUGUUUAGGUGCAUUUAGAACUUAUCCAAAGGGAUAUAAACCACCCAAUGAGGAACCAUCAGAAUAUCAAACAAUUCCAUUGAAUAAAAUUGAGGACUUUGGUGUUCACUGCAAACAAUAUUAUUCCUUAGAAGUAUCUUAUUUCAAAUCAUCAUUGGACAGACGAUUGCUAGACUCUUUAUGGAAUAAAUAUUGGGUGAACACUUUAAGUUCCUCUAGCCUUUUAACAAAUGCAGAUUACACUACUGGACAAAUAUUCGAUUUAUCAGAUAAAUUAGAACAAUCCGAAGUUGCACUUGGGAGGGGAUUCAUUUUGGGUGGUACAGAUCCUCAUGAUCGAAGUACAGUAGAAAAAUUAAUUAAAGCAACAAGAGAUAGUUGUAAAACUACCAUCGAAAUUAUUCACGGUUUAAUGGCACAAAUAAUUAAAGAUAGAUUGUUUAAUCAAGUUGGUUGUAAUACUGCUAUUGAUGCUCAACAGCAGUAAGCUUCACGCAUAAAGAAUAAUUAUUAUAAAAAAAUAUUUGGAAUAAGAUAAUAUACAUAAUGUGUAAUUAAUGUAUGGAAAAUUUUUAAUUACAACAUAGUACAUAAAAUUUUUGUCGUUUCCUUUUUUUAUUAUACUCAUUGUUUGUCUUCUUACGAAUGAACAUAUUACCGAAAAAUUGUCCAAUAUCGUUGACUACUUAUGUAUUAAUGAUAAUAUUCUGAAAGAUUAAUGGAAUAAAAAUACAGUUUAUUUUCA